UGCCCGUAUGUGAAAAGUACAAAAUAAACAAAACACGAGCACAACAAUUUGAUCCGUUCUCGACGAUAAUUGUUUAAUAUUAUGUGAAACAAACAAGUUAUAAUUUUAUGUCAUCAACAAUUUAUUAAGAUGCAGGGAAGAGUUGAGCCGAGCCGUGUUCUAUAUUCGGGUCAGAACACGAUUUCUAUGAAGGAUUAUCUCGAGCACAGGGCUUACGGAUAUAAACGGAAAAUAGGAUACGAUGACGUUUUGAGUUUUAAACUGUACAGCAAUUUCAACAAUUAUGUUCUGAGACCCAACCAGAAGGCUCCAUCAAAAGAAGUUGGAGGUGUGUUUAACCUCGAGUACAGCCUGGAUGGGCGGAUUGUGCUGGCAGCAUGUGAGAGAAGGCAGGUCCUUAUAUAUGAUGCUACCAAUCAGAAACAUAUGAUGACAAUUGAAAAUGCUCAUAGAAAUUGUGUGAAUUGCAUUAGGUAUUUGGAUGAUAGGACUUUUGCGACUUGUUCAGACGAUACGUCGAUUAAACUAUGGGAUAUAAGAAAUCUAAAAACUUCUACCAAAACAUUAUAUGGACAUUCAAAUUGGGUAAAAAACAUUGAAUAUUCAGAAAAGGAUAAUGUAAUGUUGACAUCAGCAUUUGAUGGUAGCAUUUAUUCAUGGAAUUUGAAGAGUAACACAGAAAAUGGCUUGUUGUAUGAGAAAGUAUUUUUAAUGAAUGGUCUUAUGAGGACAAAGUUAUCUCCUGAUGGCACUAAAAUGGUUAUAUCUACCACAAAUGGAUAUAUGAUUAUAGUGCAUGAUUUGAAUUUAGAAACUCUGGCCACAGACUUACGGUCAUUCAGGCCCAAUUUAUAUAGACUGAUGCAGACAAGUGAUCAAAAUUUCCCAGUGGGAGCAAUUUUCAACUACCUGUUUAAUCCAAGCAGGAAAAAAAAUCGCAUAGAGUUCAUAGAGGAUUUCCAGAAUGACGCUGAAGUGAUCAGUUCAUUGCAGAUUCAUCCGCACGGCUGGUGCGCGUUAUCAAGAAAUCUAGACGGAACGGAAACAGAAGAAUGGACGAGUGUGCACGACAUUCAAAAAAGGGAUCCCACCGAUUACGAGGACGCUUAUAAAACGGUUGAGGAAGACUUGAGUCACAAUAAUGAAGACGUAGAAGAAAGUAACCAGAGGCCGACAGAUCUGUGGAUGGGCUACAGGGAAAAUCGCGACAGAUAUAUGAUGCAAAGUCUUUGGGAGAACUACCAUUUAGCCAUGGGGAUCAUAAACAGCGGACUCAUAGGUCGCAAUUCGUAUGAAACGUAUUUUCAGCAUAAUCCGGAGAAUAGAAAUAGAAUUAUAAAAAAUUUAAAGCGAAUGACUCACUACGUGAAGGAAAAGAGCGUCGCGAAAGGGUACAUAAAAGAGCUGUGUUUCUCUUCAGAUGGAAGAAUUAUAUGUUCACCAUUUGACAAAGGUGUCAGGCUAUUGGCUUUCAAUGAGAAGCUGCAAGAGUUACCUUAUUGUGUUCCUGAGCAGCCUCAAGAGUUAAAGACUUUAUUAGAGUUAAAUAAUUAUCACGCGGGAGUAGUCGUUUCUUGUAAAUUCAGUCCCACACACCUGCAAUUUGUUAGCGGAUGUUUGGGCAGCGAAAUCAAAUGGUAUCAGCCCGUAUUGUAAAUAAAUUUAGUUGGGUAUGGAUAAAAGUGCAUUUUUUAUUUUUUAACUGUACAAAUCUUAUGUAAUUGUUUUUAAUGUCUUUAUACUUUACACAUGUGUGUCCUUAGUUAUAUUUAUUAAAUAUGAAUUUUUAUAUUAUUGAAUAAAAGACGUUGAUUUAUUUGA